UAAUGCACGGGACCACGGUCAGCGCGAGGCGGCCAGGAAAUAAACCGAACUGUGACAUUUUCGAGGAAUGCUUCAAUGUUAUAAUGUCAGUUGAGGGUAGAGAUCAAAAGUUCAAUGACAAUGGAGUAAUCUGAUUAAAUAUAACUCGCUCGGUCACACUGCGCUCGCUUCACCUACAUGGGAAUAAAUAAUUCCCGCAGACCGCAGACGACUGAGCAGAGACCAGGCGUGAAUUGCUGGCUGGCCGCCCCGUGAUAUUUCCAGAGGAAGGGACUCUGGGAGAAAUGGUGACCUCCAUCUCAAGAGUGGUGACGUUGCUGGUGGUUGCUGCUUCUGCUGCUGAGGUGUUUGCUGUGACGCGUUACGAGGAUUUUCAGCGCUGUGACUCGUGGUGCGUCAGUGGGCGUUCAGUUCUAACGAGGCUUAGGAAAGGUGACGGAAGGAUGGCGAUGACAGACUCCCCGAAAGAAGUGUUUCCGCCACGCUUAGUGCUUCAGGCUUUGGAGGACGCGAUGAGUGUGGCGAUGUGGAACAGCCUUUUGGUGGUGCUUCAUGACGGUCAGCCUAGCACGGAGAGUGUGCUGCAGGAAGUCCUGGCCAGCCUCAAUGUGCCGGUCAUCCUCAUGGACUUGGGGAAUUCAGAUGUGACCGAGGCCGCGUGGUUCGGGGACUUUAACAGUGCCUUCUUUGUCCACCUUCUUAUAUUCGGCGACCCAGAUGCUGUGGAGGACUUCCUGGAAUCCGUGCCCGAACACACGUGGGCGCCACGACACCUCCUGCUCCUCAACACCAACUGGUCAUUGAACGCGGCCACGAUCCUGGGUCAUCCCAGCCUUCGCCACUCCUCCUUCCUCACCCUCCUGCAGCCACACCUGAAGGCAGGAGGGACGCCCGUCUACCGCAUUCUCACCUACGAAACAUUUAAACCGGGAAACAAGAUUGUCCAGCGAGGAAAUUUAAGUUCGUCGUCUUCGUUUAGUUCCCUCUUUCCUGACCGCUUCUCCACCUUCCACGGCCACCACUUCCUCCUCUCCAGCUGGGUUGAUGACUUUCCAUAUAUCAUUAAAGGCGAGACAUUAAACGACACUUAUGGAAUGGGUGUCAACAUGCUCAACGACAUUUCAAGCAUCUAUAACUUUACGUACCAGUUAUCCGAAGAGUCCCAGGAUGGUAUGUGGGGCGACCUGAGCAACGGGUCCUGGCGGGGUAUGAUCGGCGAGGUGAAGAGGGAGGAAAGAGAUUUUUGCAUCAAUGUGAUGAGCAUCACGCAAGAUCAGUUUCGUGUCGUGGACUUCAGCGUGCCCUACAGUGUGGAUGGUUUCUCUUUUUUGCUGAGGAAUCCACUUCCUCCCCCGAGGUGGUGGUCCAUCGUCUUCCCGCUGAGGCAAAUAAUUAGCCGAAAACUCUACCGUGUUUAACUAGCCAAAUAUAAAUGCAGCUGCUGUAACUUAUAAUAAGAAUGAUAUGCAUUUGAAUUCUUUGAAAUUUAAACUUACUAGAAUGUGAAGACAAUAUACAUAUUUCAUUAACAAUUACCUGUGGCCUGGACAUGGCCGCUUCUGUCUUCAAUAUGUAUGAAUGCAUAUACUAUUGCUGGUGCACCGUGUCGGGAUCAAUGGGCAGCUGGGAGACAUGGGUCGCCGUCCUGUUGUGUGUGCUGACGUUGCCAUGCCCUCUACUUCUGCUUGUCAAGCUUGGUGAGUCAUCUCCCUGUCAAGUUAACGUGGAGUCUAAGGCCUCGCUCAGCAGGAUGUAUCUGGAGGUGGCGAGGACAAUCCUUCGCCAGGACGCGGUACAUCUUUCAUCAGCUACCUCCGUCAGGAUCUUCUUGAGCGCCUGGUGGCUGGCGGUGAUGGUGCUGUUUAUCUCCUACACCGGAAACUUGGUAGCGUACAUCACAGUGCCCGCCGAGCCACAGAUGCUGACCACGGUGGAGCAGCUGACAGAGUCGGAUAUCAAACCCAUAAUGCUGGACUACGGAACAUUCAUACCCGCGUUACUGAGUACCUCAAAGGACCGAACGUUGAGAAAGCUAGGCGAAAAAUUGCUCCUCAUCCCCGAUUACGCUGACUCUGCAUUUAAUUUGGUGCAAAAAGGAGGAUACGCUUUCUUGGAGGGAGCGGAGUACUUCAGAUACACCGUUAUCACUCACCGUGUCACCAAUGUUUACUUUCUUCAGGAGAUGCUCUUUCCUACUUACAUAGGAUGGAUCUUCCCUAAAAACACGGCCUGGAAGCACAAGUUUGACCUUUACAUACAGAGAUUUGUUGAAGCAGGCUUCAUCCCUUUCUGGAAAAAAUGGCUUGCAGAUAACUUGCGAAAGAAAAUGAAUAUGACGCAAAGCCAGGCAGGGGUGAGUCAGGAGAGAAGACCGCUCAACCUUGACGACUUAAAGGGAGUGUUCUUGGUGUAUCUAGCGGGGCUCGUGGCUGUCUUGGUGGCUGGUGCCUCGGAAGUUCUACAUCAUCACCAAGAUCUUAUUAACGGCGGAAGAAAAUAAAUCAUAGCCAUCCAUGGGUACAUUGCACUGGCUUUGUUUUCAGACACACACACACACACACACACACACACA